AUGACAUACCUCUCCGAAAACCAUUGCCUGGAGACGUUGCAGUUCACCCUAGCAGCAAAGCAAUACCGCGAGACUUAUAACUCAUUCGUCGAUCAAGCGGGUGAACCUAUAGUUACGACCGACCCUUCAGCAGGUAGGCAUCUACGGAUGCUCUACCAGCUCCUCCUGACGACGUACGUUAUACCUGGAGCACCCCGUGAAGUCAAUCUAUCAUCCGACGUGCGCGGUUCACUCCUACGAUAUAAAGACCAAUUGACACCGCCCCAACCCGAGGCUCUCGAGCCUGGCGUGAAGCAUAUUCAAGAACUGAUGGAGAAUUCGAUAUUUCUUCUGUUUCUGAAUAGCUGCGCUACCCCUUCGUGUCAGGUCUUGGCGCCGGAGGCAUCAAAUAUGAUCGAUGUCAACAUGGAUCGCUCUGUCACAAGCUCAGGAAACGACUCCACGAAGUCGCUUCGCGUGAAUUCCAAGCGCCCAUUCCUUAGCCAACAUAUGAGGGCUUUGUCAUGGCCCCCUUGGGGUCGUCAGCGAGGUUGA